AGACUAGUUUAUCCAGUUCCGAUUCAGAAUUCACGAGUUCAGACUGGUAUGAUCUGGAUCUUAAGAAACUCCAAAAGAAUUAUAUCUGUAUUACAAAGAAAAAGGUUGUAUCUCCUACCCAAAAAUAUCGUAAAAAUAGGUUUCGUAGUAAAGCUGAUUAG